GAUUCACAUAUUUCUGAAUUUGGAGAAAAAAGCAAAUUCUGAAUGCGGCAUGGCGUAUUUCAAGCACAUUAUCCCUAGAAUAGGGGAGACGAAUCUCAAUUUAUACAAUUAAAAAAUCUCAAAAACUGCUUGUAUCUCCAUCUUCAUUUACAUAAUUCGGGACAGCUAUGUUGGGCAAUUACAACAUUAGCGCGGCCAAAGAGAACUUCCUCAAGGCCAAACCGCGAAAACUGCUAUUUCCAGUCAUCUAUCUCACGAUUUUCAUUUUGUUUGUACGAACGGCUAUCGAGCACUCGAGAAAUGAUGGCAAUGUAUGGAGUGUCAGCUCUGGGGCCGAUAACUCAACUCAUGCAGCUCAUAAUGACAUCUCAUCCUCAUCCUCAUCUUCAUCAGAAGAUCUCGGAGCAAAGCCCCAGCCCCCAAUAGCAAAUAUAACAACCAGCAACAAAGUAGCCGUCAUAAUCGAAACCCGACGCUCAGGCAACAUCAUUCCUCUAAUUCUCCAUUUCAGCGCGGUUCUAGGACCGACCUGGCCCCUCAUCAUCUACACAUCUGCGGAAAACUUCGGAUCCUUCUCUACCUCCGCCGCGCUCCUCCGACACCAGCACUCUGGCCGGGUCAUCGUGCGCUCUCUUGCUCCCGGUACCUGGUUCUACAACUGGGACUCUGUAUCUGCGUUUCUGACUACCCGUUGGCUGUGGGAGGAUCUAGCGCCGGCUGAGCAUAUCUUGCUGUUUCAGUCGGAUAGCAUGUUGUGUGCGAAUGCGGCCAGGAGUGUAGAUGAUUUCAUGGAAUAUGAUUUGAUUGGUGCGCCUAUUGAAUCGAAAUUUGGGCAGGGUUAUAAUGGAGGUUUAAGUAUGAGGAGCAGGAAGACUAUCUUGAGGGUGUUGGAUGAGUGGAAGUAUAGUGAUAAUCCACAUCCGGCGGAGGAUCAGUGGUUCUAUGCCAGGUUCAAGGAUCUACAAGAUCGAGAGUUUGAAGAGGGUAUUGAAGAUGGGAUUAAUCUGCCGAGUAUGGAGAUUGCAAGAACAUUUGCAGUGGAGACGAUUGAUCAUCCUCAUCCUUUAGGUCUCCAUCAACCUACGAGAUACAUUCAGCAACACAUGAUGAGCUUGGAUGAAUGGUGUCCGGAAUAUAAAUUGGCUACCACAGACCGGAUAUCUUGAACUGACUUGGUGGAAGGGAGUUUAUUACUGUGAUGCUAAAUGAGGCGAAAUGGAAUGGGUGAUGGAUACUUUUUUAAUUUAUUGGGUUCACACGAGGACGAGGGAUUGCAUUGUGACAGAUCGAUGGAUAUAAAUUGCAAGUUCUCUCUCAAAGUGGAAAAAUUAAAGAUUCGGUCUACAACGGCGAAUAAUAAGAGAGGUAGACA